UAGCAACCCAAUGUAAACACCGCCCCAUGCUGCUUUCUGAGAGCCAAACAAAACCGCAUCCGCCGGGGACAGACAGUACACGGCUACAUGGAGGGCACAGGCGAGGUUGCUUUUCCACGCCCUGAUCCUCCCAUAGUGGGGAAGGUGAAUCACCACAGUAUCAAGCUGUAUUGGGAUAUCAAUAACGCUUAUCAAAGAAGAGGCCCUGUCGCGAACUGGUUAAAAUUUUCUAUAGAAGAGGAAGAUCCAAAGACGCAUGCGUAUGGCACAAUCUAUUCGGGAUUUUCUCGGAAACAUGUUGUGGAAGGAUUAGAGCCCAGCUCUACCUACAGGUUCAGACUAAAAGUUACGAAGUUUAAUGGUGAAUGUGCAUACAGUCCACUCGUCUCCGUCUCCACUACAAGAGAACCAAUGAAUGGAAAACAUCUUCAUCGAGCUGUCAAUAUGGAUGAUGAAGGAGCCAUCAUAAAUAUACUCCAGAGUGGGCACGUGCAAGUAGAUGUUCCUGAUAAGAUGGGCUUCACUCCUCUUAUGGUGGCUGCACAAAAAGGAUAUCUCAGACUGGUGAAGUUACUGGUUGAAUAUGGAGCAAAUGUACACAAGGGUAAUGGAAGUGGAAAGAACAGUAUGAUGCUAGCAUGCUUCUCUGGACAUCUGGAUGUUGUGCAGUAUCUAAGAACACAAGGUGCAUCAUGGGAGACUCGGGAUAAGAGUGGCUGUACUGCCAUGCACUCGGCAGUUGAUGGAGGUCAUGUGACGGUCAUUCAGUGGAUGAUUAAUGACGGUUGUGAGGUAGAUUCCAGAGACAGGCAUUUAAAAUGGACUCCGCUGAUGAGGGUUUCUGCUGUAACUGGAAACACAGACAUUGCACGCAGUUUAAUCAGAGCUGGAGCUGAGGUCAAUGCCAAGGACAGGGAUGGCAAAUCCCCCCUGAUGGUUGCAGCAUUAAAUAACCAUGAAGACUUGGUGCGUUUACUAAUAGAGAGCGGAGCAGACUGCAGCAUCACAAAUGAGUUUGGAAUAAGCAUCGCAGAAAUGGCUAAAGCUUUCGACAGACAGAACGUGGUGCUCAUAUUAGAGAAGAACAAGGAAGAGAGACGACUGAGCCCUCUGCUAUAAUAACGCAUUGUACCGAUGACGCCGGCUUCACACGUCUCAUCAUCAUUUUUUUUUUUUUUCAAUGUAUUUUUUUGUAUUUUACAAUGGUUAUAAAAACCCCAUACCAUAUGACUUAUAUCCAAGCGUAUUACAUUGCUUGACCUACCCCGCCGUCCUGAAUCCUUUUUAUUAUAAUAUAUCAAAGGAAACCGGUAGGAAUAUAUAUACGCACAAUGCCUUGUGAAAAUGUGUUUACCCUCUUUCCAGAUUUAGCGUUUUUUUUGAUGCGUUUGAAACAGACAGAAAUAUUUGAUCAAAUGUACUUGUCAGACAUACAGAGAACUGGAGGGGGAGCACACUCUUACAUCAUUAUGUUUUAUGUUAACAGAAGGGUAUUUCUGUAGUUGUCAUUUAUAGGAUCACUGUGCCUGAGAUAAUAAUAAAUCCAAUACUAUGUGUGUAAGAGUCAAUGUACAGAAAUGUUUUAUAUUAAAGGAUAACCAAACUUUUG